AUGCUCUUUGGCUCACACACACUUAUUAAUCCCUUUGAUACGGUUACUUCGGCUUCGGAUCUCGGUGAUGACCAAACAAUCUCUUCAGAAGCCCUAGCUCCAUGCCUUCCCUCAUCGUCACUUGGAGGCAAGCAAAAGAACGGGUCUUUAGAUGGAUUUCCCAUCGCUACCUCUGCUGAUGAUGUCCUCAAGGCUUUUCCUCUCUUAGGCCAGUCCUCUACAGCAGGCGUCAAGACCAAUCAGUUCAGCGAACUAGAGGAACUUGAUCCAAGGCCCACAGACAAUAGUCAUCCUUCGGAAUCUGACGCUUUGAUCUCGAGCUGCAAAGUGCCUAGCCCAGUGGUACAUGGUCGCGUCGAACAGUCAGCCGAGGUCGACUCUACUACGGGUUGGGUGCACGAAGCACCAGCCAUUUUGGCGCCCUCUAAGGCUUUCAGAUCUGAUGAAGUCAGAUUCUCUGUCGGAGAGGAAGAAGCUAGCCUUGUCUCUGGGCCUGCGCCUUCGGUUGCAGAAUCUUUUCCAGCAACAGCGCUGACGACCACAUUUUCCUCAACUGCUCUGAUGGCUUCCAGUGGUGGAGGAAGUGGAAUCACUGCUUCACAAGUGGAGGCACCCAAGUUCAAGUCAGCCUUGCUCCAGUCGAUGCUCAGCAACAAAGGUCGGUUCAGAGGUAACGCCCAGGCUGCAGUAGAAGAUCUGAGGUAG